AUGAGAUGUCAGGUGAAAGCAUUGGAACAAGUGACCUCCUGGUUGAUGGGGCGAUUGGCUACUUUGGAGGAACUUCUGCAGUUCGUAAAAAUGCAGAAGAUUCUUGGAGACUCGGACAACAGUGAAAUCUAUUCAAGACAAGUGGAGUCCAUGCGCCAGUUUUGUGGUUAUUUGGGUGUGGCUGUUCCAGAUCAGUUCACGUUGGUUCCUCCAAAUUCGGUGGCAGUACUAAUACACUGGAAGGUAUUGCUGGUGAUUUGCGCCCGUCUACACAAAGACACGUAUCCUUGCCCAGAAGGAUAUGCUGCUGAACAGGUAGCUGAAGAGCCCAUGAUUCCAGUGGCUGUAGAUAGCCAUUUUCAUCCGGAUAGGCUGGCACGCAAGGCAUCCUUAUCUGCAGGGUGCACUUUUCCUGAUAUACUCAACGCAGGACCGGUAGACGCUGAGCAGAGAGUCCAAGUUGAGGGUGGAGUGGCCGUAUAUUGCGACCCUGCAACUUAUCCAACAGGAAGUGAGAUAUCGACGUUCCCAAGAACCAUCGCCGUGGCGUUGGGGAUCCAUCCUCGACAUGCGUCCAGGUCGACUCGCACCAUCAAGGAGUGGCUGGAACGUUUGGAGAGACUGCUGCUCAGGUCUGACGUUGCCGUGGGAAAAAUUGUUCUAGACCAUUGUGAACCACAUCAGAAUUGGCACCUGCAGCAGAUUGAGCUUCUGCGACUUACCAUUCCUUUGGUAAAAGGUAACCAUGUCCUGGUUUUGCACUGCAGAGGAAUGAAGGACGACUGCGGAACGGAAGCCUUCAUGUUGCUGCUGAAUCAACUGAAGAGUUUACCCAUAACUCAGAGGAUUCAUCUGCACUGCUUCACCGGAAAUGCCUUUGUUCUGUCACGCUGGCUGGAAAGGUUUCUGGAAACUCGGUUCGGCUUCACAAACAAAGUCGCGACGUUCGAUAAACUCCAACAGGAAGCCCUGAUGUCAGUUCCAGAAAGUCGUCUUCUGUUGGGGCUUUUCUGGUCCUAA